UAUCUGGCUAAAUGUUAACCUAGCCCUCAAGUCAGUCAGCCGUUGUGUUCGAGGUUAUGAAGUUAAUGGCAUCACUAACCUCUAUUUGUUUCUUCUGUCGGGUUUCUGUGAACUGUUGUGAUGUUAUUAAUCAGUAAACGCGUCUAGGACUGUUGAAAUAUUGUGUAGUUUACUCACAUUAGCAGUGGCUAAUUUUCAGAGCACACAUUAGCAAAGCUGGAGUCUUGAGAAGCAGCAAGGGGCGGUGGGCUGCUAAAACUGUCGCUAGCUAGCAGCGAACCAGCUGAUUAGCUGGCUGGCAAGAAAAUCAUCGGGAGUCAUUUAACGCUAAAGUGAAUAAAGCCACGGCUGUGGAUGUUGCUACAUGCUCGCCGGUAGUUUCCGCUGCUGUCUCCUGUUUUUAAGUUAGUAACUUACCGUAGCCAAGGAGCUAGCAGCGUCACCAAGCUAGCUGCUAGUCAGCUGAGAAUCCAAGAAGAUUUUUAGCUAACAAAGCUAACUAAAUAAACUGGGACUGGUCUGCGACGGUGGGAGUUUGUUAAACUGGAGCUGGCAUCGCCACUUUUCCUGUCUUUAACACCAGGCUGUUGGGCCUGACAACUGAGAGGAUGUCUGAGGGAGAGAACAAACAGGCCCCUGACACCGUCCAGGACGGGAAGUCGGACCCGGUGGCAGCUGCAUCCACAGGUCAAGGAGUGUCCUCUGUGUCUCCCCCUGUGUCCAUGGUGACCCAGCCUCCAGCUACUGCUGCCACAGAGGAUGAGGAAGAGGAGAGCGAGGAUGAGUCAGAGAUUUUGGAGGAAAGCCCGUGUGGACGCUGGCAGAAACGCAGAGAAGAGGUGAAUCAGCGCAACGUCCCUGGGAUCGAUAAUGCUUACUUGGCCAUGGACACUGAGGAAGGAGUUGAGGUGGUGUGGAAUGAGGUCAUGUUCUCAGAAAGGAAGAAUUUCAAACUACAGGAGGAAAAAGUCAAAGCAGUUUUUGACAAUUUGAUCCAGCUGGAGCAUUUGAACAUUGUGAAGUUCCACAAGUACUGGGCCGAUGUCAAAGAGAACAGAGCGAGGGUCAUUUUCAUCACUGAGUACAUGUCGUCAGGAAGUCUCAAACAGUUUUUGAAAAAGACAAAGAAAAACCACAAGACCAUGAAUGAAAAGGCCUGGAAGCGCUGGUGCACACAAAUACUGUCUGCUCUCAGCUACCUGCACUCAUGUGAAUCUCCCAUCAUCCACGGCAACCUGACCUGUGACACCAUCUUCAUCCAGCACAAUGGCCUCAUCAAGAUUGGCUCAGUCGCUCCAGACACCAUCAAUAACCAUGUGAAGACCUGUCGGGAGGAGCAGAAGAGCCUUCACUUCUUUGCUCCGGAAUAUGGAGCCGUUGCCAAUGUUACCACAGCCGUGGAUAUCUAUUCCUUUGGAAUGUGCGCCUUAGAGAUGGCUGUAUUGGAAAUCCAGAGUAAUGGAGAUUCGUCUUAUGUGUCCCAAGAAGCCAUAAACAGUGCCAUUCAGUCCCUAGAGGACCCACUGCAGCGGGAAUUUAUCCAGAAGUGUCUGGAGGUGGACCCCUGUAAGCGACCCACAGCUAAGGAGCUGUUGUUCCACCAGGCCUUGUUUGAGGUGCCCUUACUCAAGCUGCUGGCUGCACACUGCAUCGUCAGCCACCAGCACAUGAUUCCAGAAAAUGCUUUAGAAGAGAUGACAAAGAACAUGGACCCCAACUUGGUGAUUGUUGAGGCCAAGGAUGGAGUUCAGAUGAAGCUCUCUCAGUUUCCUGCGCUCGAGCUGGACAAGUUCUUGGAAGAUGUAAGGAAUGGGAUCUAUCCUCUGACUGCGUUUGGGAUUCCAUGUCCGCAACAACCUCAGCAGGAGGCGGUGAAGUCGCCCAUAGUGCCCCCCUCAGUGAAGACCCCGACCCCUGAACCUGCAGAGCUUGAGACCAGGAAGGUCCUUCAGAUGCAGUGCAAUAUUGAGCCUGUUGAUGAGGGCACCAAGCAUCAUCUGACCCUGCUGUUGAAACUUGAGGAUAAAUUAAACAGGCACUUAAGCUGUGAUUUGUUACCAAAUGAGAGCGUGCAGGAGCUGGCUGUGGAGCUUGUUCAGCUGGGAUUCAUCAGUGAGGGCGAUCAGCCACGACUUGCAUCCGUUCUUGAAGAGGCCUUUUCAAAGUUCUACAGCCGGAACGGUUCUCUCAAUCCGGUGACUGUUUCCUCGUAGCGGAGGACUCGCUAGGCCUUUUUUCCGCCCUCCUCGUCCUCUACGACAGGACUAGCUUUUUGCUCCACCUCUGAUUUGCAGGAAAGCUUUGCGAGGACAGAGGAGGAAGCCUUGGUCUGGUUGCAGAUCCUGCAGCCUGUUCUUGUAUCUUCUGGUGGGAAAAGCUGCCACUAAGUGGUUGUCGCUUUCUAUCUUUUUUUUUUUUUUUUUCUCCCCUCCCACCCAAUACAGCCAUCUGCUUCUCUUUUUAAAAGAGGAAAUCUUAGUCGCAACUUAAAGGAAAAUACAAAUGUUUUCACUUUUUGGCUUAUUUCCAUCAGUUGUAAAUGGUAGAGGUAAGCCACACAAAACUGGAUAACAGCAGUGUUUUCCUUAAGUCAGUAUUAAAACUGUAUUUUAAACAUUUUUACUUAAAACUGUUAAAUAGUUGUCUGUAUAAAAAAAAAAAUCUUUGUCCCGGCAUACUGAAGUGUAUGUAUUAUGGUGUCGUAAGGUUAAGUCUGGUCCUUUAAACUUUCUCUUAAGCGGCGAGGGAGGCAUCUCCCUACCUUGUGUCGGUUUUUCGAAAGACUCUCAAACGCAUCAAGCUCAGAAUACAAGAGACGCAGCGUCCCAUUUACUUCAAUAGUGAUACAUGAAGUACGCAGCUGCAACACAAUCUAAAGAGCUGCAGCUGAAAUAUUAAAGAUCAAGCUAUUUAUUUGUGUAUCUUUUCUUGAGUGUGUACUGUAAUUCACUUCCAGCACUAAGGCCGGUGGUUGUCUGAAUGUAAGCUUUUAGUUGCUCUUUCUUUAAAUCAUUUUCUGUGAAAAGCGGGGUGUCGUCGCCUGACUGUGGUCCAAUUACUACUGUAGCUUCUGUUUAUCAAGCAGCCCGUCGCAGCACUUAUCAGUUAGGCCUGGGUCAAUUUAAAAAGUUGUCUUUAGGAGGCACGUCACACAGGAGAGGUUGGUUUAGAUCCACGAGAAGAUGCUUUCGCGUCAAAGCUCACGAUCUGACGGAUGUCGUCAACAUGUUGGGUGCAUGUACGCUCUUCUGUGUCUUAAUGGAAACUGAUGCAUGUAACAAGCUCGCUCCUCAUUUUAAUGACAACGGUGAUAGAUUCAAGUUAUUUAUCACUUAGUGGACAGUUUUUCAGCUUAGGCCUGUCAGCAUUUAUAGUUUGUGUCUGAAUCUCUUUCUCCAUGGCUGCAGUAUUCUGUGUGACACCACAGCUAAAACUUGCCCUCCCGUGUAGAUGUUCAGUUAUGGGCUCAGACCACCCUUAUAUGUUAACUGUUCGGGGAUCUCUCUGCUAGUUUGCACUGCUGUACACUUUUAUAUCCUGUUUGAAAUGUCCUGUGGCCUCUGGCUCCUUCACACUAACCGGAGGAGCUUAGAUGAUUUGGAAAUGGCGUCGUUCAAAAUUUCGUCCGUGAUCCGGUCUUGUCUAUGCUGUGACUACCUUCUGAUAGGGUCUGUAGAUACUGCGAGAUACAAGUGUGGGACUGCCUGGCAUGCUUGUAACCAUCUUGUACACUGUAUGCUGGACACUGUGCUCUGUUUCUGCAACGCAUUUACCCUCUUUUUUCACUUCCCAAAAUAAAAAUUUACACUAUCAGCA